GCAUCGGACGUUAAUAUAUUUGUUGCCAUGUUUAGUCGUGAAAUGGGGACUGAUCUUGGAUGCCAGAUAUAUAAGUCUGGGAUGUAUGGCCGGAGGUAUCAAUGGAUUUACACAAUGGACACAGAAGACUGGUUAGAUGUAAUUAAAGCAAAGCAAUGUACUCCGGAAGAGGUACAAAUGGCAUUUGACGGUUCGAUCUAUAUCGGCAUGGACCUGCUAGGCUCUGAAAAUGCAACUGAUACCGGAAUGAAUUCCAGUGAAUAUAACACAAUGAUCCAGAGGAAAGCACGACUGGCGUAUCCAAAUGACACACGUUCCACGUCGCCGUGGUCCCCUCUAUCCUUCGACGCUAUGUGGACGAUUGCUCUUACGUUGAAUAAUUCCAUAACGAGGCUUGCUGAACGAAAUAGAUCGCUUGAAACGUUCUCAUAUCAGGAUAAUGUCACCAGUAGCGUAUUCUUUCAAGAAAUGAGAAAGUUGGAAUUCAUCGGUGUCACUGGCCCGGUGAUGUUUACAGACAGGGGUGAAAGGAC